CUUGGCGCUGAGUUCAAGCGUCGGUUAAAGUGUACAGUGCGCAGAUGAAAGGACGCGCGUCCUGAAUGGAAUCAAACUGAUUGUAUGAGAAUCAUGUUGAGGAGAGCGAGCAGCGGGAAGAGCAGCGCGUCGCGGCGGAGCAGCUCGGUAAGCUUUGAUGAAUUCGGCUUUGCUCUCAGUAAGAAAAAAGACAAGAAGCUCCAACACAGAUGUCACGACUACAGUUAUCCUCAGCCUAAUCCAGUUAAAGUGAAGGAACUGUGUGAAUUUCUCAGUUACUGGAAUGGAUCCAGUUUUAUCUGCAGAAAUCAGAUCGAGAGGUUUAUUCGUAUUGGUAUUCCUCCAGCAAUACGUGGACGAGUUUGGAAAUGCCUCCUAAAUAUCGACAGUCUCAGAGCUGCCAGCUCUUUUGAUUAUGAGGCAUGUCAGGCUGAGAUCCGUAAACCUCUGGUUGAUCUUGGAGUCAGUGAGUACAGUAUCAUCCCUACUAUAGACUCUCUAGUGGACACCGAGAAUGAGAUCAGCAGCGGACAGGCUUCGGAUCUCCUCAGCGCUGACCUAACGCUCUUCAAACAGAUCGCCCUCGACCUGCGAAGGUCAUUUCCGACCCAUCGCACUCUGAUGGGGGACCGUCCGGAGGCUAUUGAGGGCCAGGCCAAACUUUUCCGAGUUCUUACCGCAUUUGCCCGAUAUAAUCCCCAGAUUGGAUACGUACAAGGGAUGUCCUAUAUAGCUGCUGCACUCCUGAUGAUCCUGUCUGAGGAGGAGGCUUUCUGGGCGCUGGUUGCUCUGUUAGAGAAUCCCAAAUAUCUCUCAGAGCUCAUUGAUUCUUCUCUGAAGAAGAUUCAGCAUCAAGCUUUGGUUUUUCAUCAGCUCCUGAAGCACAGGAAACCUCUGCUCUUUCAGCACUUGGAGACUCUUGGGGUGUCUUCUCUACAUUUCAUCAUGCAGUGGUUUCUCACUCUCUUCACCUCGCUGCCGUGCUGGGACUCAGUAUUGGCCAUUUGGGAUCUUAUCAUGCUGCAUGGUCUGCAGGCUGUAUUUCGCACUGGCCUCACCAUCAUCCUGCUGCUGGAGUCUCGUAUCAUGAACAUGAACGAGGAGGCCACAGUACUGCCCAUUCUGCUGCGAGUGCCUGUGGAUGUGUGA